AUGGCCCCCACUGAAAGCAACAAGCGCCUGGCUCUGGCCAUCGUCGAUUUCCUCGGCACCAGCCUCAAGGACGGCACCCUGACCGCCGACGAUGCCGAGUCCAUCGAAAUCGCCCAGUCUUGUAUCGCUGAUACAUUCAAGGUUGACCCGACCGAUCAGGCGGCCGUGAAGGAUGCCGUCGGCGGACAGUCUCUUGCCAACAUCUACAGCGUCUACGAAAAGUUGCGCAGCAAGUCCACCCCCCAGGCCUCUACCGCUGGCGCCCAGCAGUCGCAGGAUGACAAGCCCAAGGCUGGCGCACCGACUCCCGAGUCUGACAAGCUGAAGUCUGAGGGCAAUGCCCUUAUGUCUCGCAAGGACUACUCCGGUGCUGUUGAGCAGUACACCAAGGCUCUGGAGAUCGCCCCCGGCAACCCUAUCUACCUGUCCAACCGCGCAGCUGCCUACUCCGCCUCUAGCCAGCACGAGAAGGCUGCCGAGGACGCCGAGCUCGCCGUUGCCGUUGACCCCAAGUACUCCAAGGCCUGGAGCCGUCUGGGUCUCGCCCGCUUCGAUAUGGGUGACUACCACGCCGCAAAGGAGGCUUACGAGAAGGGUAUUGAGGCUGAAGGCAACGGUGGCAGUGACGCCAUGAAGCGUGGUCUGGAGACCUGCCAGCGCAAGAUCGAGGAGGCUAGCCGCGGUACUGAGCCCCCCUCAGAGGAGUUGGAUACCGCCCCUGGUGCGUCUCGUGGCGCUGGUGGCAUGCCUGACCUGUCUUCUCUGGCCAGCAUGUUCGGUGGUGGUGGUGCUGGUGGCGGUGGUAUGCCCGACAUGAGCUCUAUUAUGAGCAACCCCAUGUUCGCUAGCAUGGCCCAGAACCUCAUGAGCAACCCCGACAUGCUCAGCAACUUGAUGAGCAACCCGCGCCUUCGUCAAAUGGCUGAGAGCUUUGGACAGGGCGGUGGCAUGCCCGAUAUGUCUAGCCUCAUGAGCGACCCUGCCAUGCAGGAUAUGGCCCGUAACAUGAUGGGUGGCGGUGCUGGACGUGGUGCCGGUAACCAGUAA